AUGUUUGAUCCUAAAAUUUUAGAUAUCCCAGCUGUGAUAUUUGACAACGGAUCUGGAUUAUGCAAGGCUGGUAUUGCAGGGGACAGUGCACCAAGGUCAGUUAUUACAGCAAUUGUUGGUCGCUCGAAAGCCAAAGCAACGAUGCUAGGAGCAGGACAGAAGGAAUUUUAUGUUGGAGAAGAAGCCCAGUCCAAAAGGGGUGUCUUAAGUUUGAAUUAUCCAAUCGACCACGGCAUAGUUACGUCCUGGGAUGACAUGGAGAGGAUCUGGAGACAUGUCUACGAGUGUGAGCUGAGACUCAAAGCUAGUGACAGACCAGUGCUACUGACGGAGGCCCCACUCAAUCCCCUACAGAACCGGGAAAAAAUGACUGAGAUCAUGUUUGAAGGCUUUAAGGUGCCUGCCAUGUAUGUUGCAGUGCAGGCAACGCUGGCACUCUAUGCCUCAGCACGCACCACGGGGAUAGUAAUGGACAGUGGAGAUGGAGUUACCCACACAGUACCCAUCUAUGAAGGAUACUGUUUACCCCAUGCAGUUUCCAGGCUGGAUAUCGCAGGCAGGGAUAUCACUGAAUACUUCAUGAGACUCCUUUUGGAAAGCGGCCACUCCUUCGUGAGCACAGCUGAGAGGGAGAUCGUUAAAGACAUCAAGGAGAAGCUGUGCUACGUGGCUUUAGAUCCCAUCAAAGAAAUGAAAGCAAAGCCAGAAGAAAUCCUCAAAGAAUACAAACUGCCAGAUGGAAAUAUCAUUAAGAUAGGCAAUCAGCUCUUUCGAGCCCCGGAGACCCUUUUUAUGCCCGCUAACAUUGGUAUCGAAGCCCCUGGCGUGCACAAAAUGAUCUUCAACAGUGUGAUGAAAUGUGACAUUGAUGUUCGCAGGGAUCUUUACGGCAACGUGCUUCUUUCCGGUGGGUCCACCCUAUUUCCUGGACUGGAUGAACGGAUCCUGAGGGAGAUGCAGCGGCAGGUGCCCAUCGGGAUGGUCGUACGGAUCAUAGCACCGCCGGAGAGGAAGUACUGUGUGUGGAUCGGGGCCUCCAUCCUCACUUGCUUGUCAUCUUUUAAAGAAAUGUGGGUCACCGUCAGUGAUUAUAAAGAGUUUGGUGCCGCUGUAGUACACAGAAAAUGCUUUUAA